UAAUUGUGCUGACUACUGAAGCUUGUUUUCUCAGCCCAGGCACGUUUUUUACUUUUUUCUUACAAUGGCUUCUAUUCACAAAUUACUGAGAGGUACUUAUAUUCAUAGAAACUUCCUGAGGCCAAGGGCUGCAGUACCUCCAUUUGUGGGUAAUCACUUUGUAGACUAUUCUUCCAGUAGUCUUCAGAAACAAGUGGCUUCUGCUAACAAAGUCUCCCAGCAGGGAAAGACUGAAGAAGGCUUACAAGGACAUGACCACAAAGAAGUUGCUUUGGAUGUACCUUCUUCUGACAGGACACCUGAGGUUAGUUUUGAUAAAGCAAUUAGAGAUGAAGCAAUGGAACAUUUUAGACGUUUGAAGGAUGAAAUUGUGGCUCAUGUGAGAGGUCCAGAUGGCCGCCCACUACAUGAGGUCAUAAUGGAACAAGCCAGGGUUGUCUGGCAGUUUCGUGAAAAAGAAGAUUUGGAUAAGUGGAUAGUGACUUCUGAUAAGACAAUUGGAGGUAGAAGUGAAAUAUUCUUGAAAAUGAGCAAGAACAACCGAAGUGCCCUGCUUUAUGGAACUCUGAGCUCUGAGGCGCCUCAGGAUGGGGAAAGUAACCAAAGUGGAUACUGUGCGAUGAUCUCCAGGAUUCCAAGGGGUGCUUUUGAGAGGAAGCUGUCUUAUGAUUGGUCCCAGUUCAAUACUCUGUAUCUCCGAGUCCGUGGGGAUGGCCGGCCUUGGAUGGUGAAUAUUAAGCAAGACACGGAGUUUAUCCAGAAGAAAAAUCAGAUGUACAGUUACUUCAUGUUCACCCGUGGGGGACCCUACUGGCAGGAAGUCAAGAUUCCUUUCUCCAAAUUUUUCUUUUCAAAUCAAGGAAGGAUACGAGAUGUACAGGGCCCACUGAUACUGGACAAGAUCUCUUCUAUAGGAUUCACUCUGUCUGAUAAGGUGGAUGGACCAUUCUUUCUGGAAAUAGAUUUCAUUGGUGUAUUUACUGAUCCAGCCCAUACAGAAGAAUUUGCUUAUGAGAAUUCUCCAGUUCUUAACCCAAGACUUUUCAAAUAGAGAACUGGGGACAGAUUUGAGUAAAACUAGAGUGAGUAGUGGUGAUAAAUAAAACACGCAAAACCUUUCUGUCUGCCCCGCCCCGCUCAGUACUUACUUAAGACAGGAAGUACAGCAUGGCCUCUCAGUGAGUCUCCUGGAAGAUCUUCUGAGCUCUUACGUAAAGCUAAAAUAAAAGGAAGCAUACUGAAAACAGAAA